AACGUGCAAAUUAACACAAUCCGUAUAAAAGAACGCCUUAGGCAGGUGGAAAGGACAAGCAACUCUUCCGUCAAUUCAAAUCAUGAGAUUCUUCAUUCUUUUCACCUCAAUGAUCGCCGCCUCAUCGGCCUUCCUCUUCCCAUCCGCCGGAGGAGGUGGUGGAGGUUGUGGAUGCCGAAUUAGCCGUUAGCCGAAAAAAUCGGUUAUCUCCUCCGCACACCCCUGUUUUCCAUACAGCCAGCAUACUGCCUACGCUGCUCCAGCUCCAUCAUACGGAGCCCCAGCCGGAGGAGCCUACCCAGUCGGAGGACGUUAAGAAGAAGCGAUUUAAAAGAAGGAUAUAAGUGUGUGUGUAUAUUUACGAUGACUAUUUAAAUAAAUUGUUU